UCGCGGAGGAGAGGAGAAGAAGAGGAGCGGGACGCUGUGAGUGACAGACGCGUGAAGCAGAAGCUCUGACUCGUUUCUUCAUUUUAAUUUGAGACAUUUCGCUUUUGGAAUUAAAAACUAAAAAACAACCUCAGACGCGACAUGUCGGCGAAAACCUUCCGGCGAGUGGACGUGGACGAGUACGACGAGAACAAGUUCGUGGACGAGGAGGACGGAGGAGACAACCAGCUGGGUCCGGACGAGGCGGAGGUGGACUCCCUCAUCAGACAAGGAAACCUCACGGAGGCUUUACUCGCCGUUCUGAAGAACCCACCAAUCAACACCAAGAACCAGAACGUCAAGGAGCGGGCUGAGGGUCUGGUGCUCAAGGUGCUCAGUGCCUUUAAGAGCAGUGACAUUGAGAAGGGGGUGCAGUCUCUGGAUAAGAACGGCGUGGACCUGCUGAUGAAGUACAUUUACAAGGGCUUCGAGAGGCCGUCGGAGAACAGCAGCGCCGUCCUGCUGCAGUGGCACGAGAAGGCUCUGGCAGCUGGGGGAGUGGGCAGCAUCGUGCGGGUUCUAACAGCGAGGAAGACGGUCUAGCAGAGGAACAGAGCAUCAGUUCACUCCACAUCACUGAUAGAUACAAGGGGAGCAUGUCACUGUACUGUUCAUGUAAUAUAACACAUGGCAUAAGGGGCUAAAAUGGAAAAACAGAUUUUUAACACAAUGUGAUCAAGGCUGAAAAGAAAAAACAUAUAAUCUGGGUCACGUUGUGUUCAAAUUGGGUUUUCUUGUUUCUUCCUAUGCAUGAUCACAGCCGAGUAAAUCCUCACAGGGUGCUACAGGUAACUUCUCUUAAACUCUGUGUCCGUGUCAGUCCUGUACAAUAUGGGUUCAGUUUACACACCAGUGGUUCCCAACCUGAGGGCUGUGAUAUCAAUCUGAGGGCUCACAAAAUGAUUAAGAAGGUUGGAAACAGAACAAAAUCUCCUGAUAAACAAAAAUCAUGUACGUUUUUUUUAAAUCUCUUCUAAUCUCAAUUGAUUUGUGAAUUACUGGAUCAUUUCUUGUCUCCAGGCCUCUAGAAUACUUCAAAUACAACAAGGAAUCACUGUCACUGCUCUCUUUGUUCCACUAGACAAAUGUUCAAGUGACAAGGAUUCACAAGUCGACCUCCUUUGUUUUUAAGCGAUCACAAACCAAAACGGUUGAGAACCACUGCUAUGAAAACCACCUCCACUCUCAGCAUGAAAGCACAACCACAGAGACGACUCCUCGGGAUCUCCUCCCCACUGACUUCCACCCAAACACACCUUCUGUGUGUUCGGGUGGAAUUAAGCUUCUGCUUCGUCUCACUCAGGAAAACCUUCCUUCCUGAUGGAAUAAUAAUAAUAAAAAAAAAGAUUCUCAGUCGGUAAAUCCUCUCGCUGCGUCUCACUGUUACACUUCAGCGGCGGGGGGUGUCCUGAAAAGCACAGUCAAAGAUGGAGGGCGGUGGAUUUUCAUCACGGGGGUCGUCCCUCUCCCCCGUGGAGGAGGAGGAGGGGAGCGGGGGGGGGGGGCUCCGUUGUGAUCCAUCCACCCGGCCGUCCUUUCACACCGCCUGCUGCCCUAGUUAAGGAUUAUUACCCACGAUGCAUCUCCAGCACCACUCUUUAUUAAUCCCACUCUACCGGUCCCUCCAUCCUGUUAAUGUGUGACGCUCUGCUGCUGCUCACAGGAGCUGCGUGCUGUGCUUCCAGGAAAAAUGACAUCACCCUGAGAAAACUCUCUAGGACUGUUUUUACUAUGAUAUUCAACAGAAAGGAUCAUGUAGGAUUAUACAUUUUCAUUUCUGUUUUAUAGUAUUUUUAUUUUGCCUUGAGGCCAUAACCCCCACUCGACUGAUAUUAAAUACCAGGUUUAGUGUUAAAAACAUGGCAUGCUUGCUUUCCAGGAGAGAUGAAGAUAAUAAUAUUCAUAUGUUGGUGUCUUUUCAAAUAGAGAGCGAGUUUUAAUUGAUUUAAAAUUGUUUGCAUGAUCCCGUUUUUGAGACUUUGAGUAUUUUCUGGAGCAUUUCAUACUCGUCUUUUGUACGUUUGCUGUGAUUUUUGUAUCGAAUCUGUUUCACCCAGUAUUGUCUUGCAGUAUAAAUCAUACUGUUACGAUAUAUAUACUUUAAAUUCCUAUGUAUUUUAUAUAAUGAGGAAAAACUGGAAAGUGUCAUCUGCCUUAUGAGGUGGAUUGUGUCUGUUGCCAAAUGAUUGCUUGAGUUAGAACCAUGUUCAUAUGAAACACAUGAACAUAAAAGCAGUGUGUUACAAUUCAAACAUUAGAUGUUAUGUGACAAUCCUCAACACAAUAAUUCAGCUAAACAUGUUUUGUUGGUGUCGUUUGCUCAUUUUCAAUCAAACACUGCGUGAAAGUUAAUCAUGGAUUUGGAGUUACUUUUUAAUAAACACAAAAACCUUGUAGUGUUUUUCACCAGUGGAUAUUCAGACAUGAGUUGUCAUGUCGUCAGUGACGAUGCACCGAGACAUUAGAGACGUUUUCUAAUGCAGUAACGGUUUCGUUUUACAUGAGAACACAAAGCAGAACUUGCUUCAUGUUCUUCUAGGCAGUUGCUCCUCCGAGGGCGGGACGACGACGGCGAAGCAAAACACACCGAUGUACAAACUGCCUUACUCAAUAAUAUUAACUAUAGUCCUUUUUUAUGUUUGUGCGUUUUUGACAAAAAAUAAAUAAAAGGUAUGAAUGCUGA